AAAAUUAAGAAUAAAAUUUUAAUAAAACAUAGGAAAUAAGUCAAGAAAUGAAACAAGUUUCAAAUAUUUAAGAAUACAUUAACAUACAUAUAUUUUCUUUUUUUUUUUCCCGGUUAAAAAGGUCUAUUUAUCAUUUUAUUAUUUUAAAGGGCAAAAAGGAAAUAUGGAAUUAGAAAAAACAUCUACAAUUCAACACAAGUGUCAAAGAAAUGUAUUAAGAUCUAUAUUUGUUCAUAAGAGGCUUAGAGGUGAAGAAAAUUCAUUGGUGAAUAAUCUGGUACAUCCUAAGUUUCCACAAAAAUUAAAAUGUUUUUUUAAAUUUAAUCAUAAUAAUCGUAAUACAAAUUGCAGUAUUACUGACAAAAGCACGGAGCACAAUGUACUUUUUAUUGAAAAGAAUCAUAAAAGAGACGGAAAUUUUGGAGAAUAUGGAUAUCUUUCUGAACGUAAAAAUACGUAUACAAAAGAUAAGAAACAAGUUCUUUGUUUUUCAGUAAAACGAGAUGGCACGAUAAAAAAUACAGUGUCGAAAUCAUAUUUUAUUAAAGAUGAAAAUAUGGUUCAAUUUUUUCAAAAAAUCAAUCCAAUGUCCUAUGGAAGAUUUAAUUUUCGUAAGUUAAAGGCUCAAAAAUCGAAAACAUCACCACCGGAAAUAUCUGUGACGUUGGAAAAGAAUGAUAAUAUAAAAGCUUUUCCUCAGAUUAAUCGGAAAUCAUCUACUUCUGAAAUUCAUACUAUAGAUUCUGCGGAUAAAUCUUCGAAAAAAUACUAUUUGAAUGUUCCGAGUUCUGGAAAGUUGAAAAAACAAAAUAAUUUUCUAAGAACAUACUCUAGUAAUUCUAUCAAAAUCUGCAGUGUAGAAGUAGGGCCAUCUAGUUUUGAUAAGAUUAAAUUACUUGGGAAAGGGGAUGUUGGAAAAGUAUAUCUUGUUCGAGAAAAGAAGACAAGAAGAUUAUAUGCAAUGAAAGUUUUAAAUAAGAAAGAGAUGAUUAAAAGGAAUAAAAUUAAACGUGUGCUUACCGAGCAAGAAAUUCUAGCAACUAGUAAUCAUCCUUUUAUUGUUACACUUUACCAUUCUUUCCAAUCUGAUAAAAAUCUUUAUUUCUGCAUGGAAUACUGUAUGGGCGGAGAAUUUUUUAGAGCAUUACAAAUGCGUCCAGGAAAGUGCUUAUCUGAAGAUGCGUCUCGGUUUUAUGCAGCAGAGGUGACUGCUGCUUUGGAAUAUUUGCAUUUAAUGGGGUUUAUUUAUCGAGAUUUAAAACCUGAGAAUAUUCUUUUGCAUCAUUCAGGGCAUAUAAUGUUGUCUGAUUUUGAUCUUUCUAAACAAUCUGCUCCAGGAGGUGCUCCUACUAUGAUUGUAUCAAAAAGUGUCUCUGGUUCAUUCCCUGCAAUUGAUACAAGGUCUUGUAUUGCAGAUUUUCGAACUAAUUCAUUUGUUGGAACAGAAGAAUAUAUUGCUCCUGAAGUUAUUAAGGGAUGUGGACAUACAAGUGCUGUCGAUUGGUGGACAUUAGGUAUUUUAACAUUUGAAAUGCUUUUUGGAGUUACUCCUUUUAAAGGAAAAAAUAGGAAUAUUACUUUUACAAAUAUUCUAAAAAAUGAUGUUGUAUUUCCAGAGAUUAGUUAUCAACAAAUUUCAAGUUCAUGCAAAUCCUUUAUUCGAAAACUUCUAAUUAAAGAUGAAAAUCGUCGUCUUGGAUCUAAGGCAGGUGCCUCAGAUAUAAAGCUUCACCCUUUUUUUCGAAAUACUCAAUGGGCAUUAUUGCGUCAUACACGUCCUCCUAUAAUACCUGCACUUACAAAAAAUCUUGAAAAUCAAGAUUUUCGAGAUAUUAAGGAGAGUUUAAGUAUUGAUAUAGAUUCUUCUCAAAAUAUUAAAGCAACUUCUACUAUUGAGUUCCCAUUAGAAACAUGGUUACCUUCUAAUUCAGGGGCAUCUAUUGACCCUUUUGAUUCUUUUAGUUCAAUGACAUUAAUUCAUGAGGGCGAAUCUAAUGAUUCCAUUUUUAAUUAUUGCGAUGAAACUUUAAAUAAGGAGGAAGAAAGCCCUGCUUGUCAAUAG